UCCUACUUACCACAAAAUAGGUUGUGAGUUACUUCGGUUUCAUUAUUCAUGUAACACGAUAACGUGUAUACAUAAACUAAAAUCUAUACAUUUUGAAACUAUUGUUAUAGGAUUAUAGAUUUUCAAGUCAAAUUAAAACAAUAGUGGAAUAAAAAUACAUAAAAAAUUAUAUUUUCUGUUUAUAAUGUAAAAAUAAACCUUACCUAUAAGAAGUGUGCAUUACAGUACUAAAUCAGAAUUCUUUUUUUCUAUUUGUUAACUGAUUGAAAAAUUUAAGCUACCAAAAGCUAUUCUUGUACCUACAUUUUUUAACUUCCAUUUGAUAAUGGAAGUGAAUGCAAAAGUUUUAUUUGCAUUUCUAUUAGGCGUCACUACGUUGGCGUCUGGAUUCGUUAUUCGACCAUAUGAAAACAUUGAUUAUGAGGUACCGGAUUACGUCCCUGGAGGUGAUAAAGAGUUAGAUCUUGAAAAAUUGGAACCCGAUAUAGACCUAACCGACCAAGACCUGCCCGAGACCACGUCGACGACUGUCAUGGAUGUCACAACUAUUUCACACACUACCGCCUCUACUGUCCCUACCACCCCUGCCGGUCCUACCAUCGUCUAUGAUCCGGAUGAUAGCUAUGAUGAUUGUGAUUGUCCGCCUCAAUUUCUAAUCUAUAUUUACGAUGGCAUUAGCAAAUAAUAAUAGUUAAUACCUACCUACCAUUGGUGUUAUAUUAUAGGCACUUCUAUAUCAAAAACAAAAAAACGAGUAUUGGCACUCAUUUUAUAAUGAAAAAUUAUCGGAAUAACGAGUUCCAGUAAGUUAACAAUAAAAACAUUGUGAUAUUAAAGAACCUUUAAUUAUAUUCAUAAUUAGCAUAAUUCUUUACUACUACUUUCCUUCAAAUUGUGUAUAGACACAUAUAUUCGCUUAAUUUGAUUUAAACAAUGUAAUUUAACCUGUAUAACAUUAUUUAAUAAUUAUUUUCAAUAUUGAACUGACUAGAUUAAAAUGAAUUGUGAUGGUAAAAAAAUAUAUCAAUAACAAUU